UCCUCCUCCCUCCCCUCUGGGCAUAUGAAAAGCGGAUGCAGCCCAUCGUCCUCCCUCCAAGCGCACACGGUCCCUCCUGCCAUCUGUUCCUCCCUCUCGAGGCCUCGAUCCCGCUGCAUCCGCGCCUCCUCCUGCGGUUGGUGGCGCUGCCAUGAACAAAGGCUUUGCCCGGAAGAGCCACGCAUUUCUGCCCAAGAUAUUUAAGAAAAUGUCUUCCCAGCCCAAAGAACGCUCUGAAGGUUUGCAGUUCCCCUUCCUGGAUGAUGAUGACACGAUUGACACCAUCCGGGAGUCCAAAACAGUCAUUAUUCUCCGGGGUCUUCCGGGCAGUGGGAAGUCCACCUUGGCACAGGCCAUCCAAGACAAGUACAAAGAUGCUUGCAGAAUCGUCUCCGUUGACAAGUACAAAAUCCAGCCAGCCAUCCGGAGCGCCAUUCCUGAUGAUUACGGCAAGGUGGACGAGGAUCUAAAUGCCUAUUGCAAGCGUGACGUCACUGUGGUGGUGGUGGAUGACACUCAUCAUGAGCGGGAACGGCUAGAUCAGCUCUUCGACAUUGCUGACAAGUACCGCUAUGAAGUCAUCAUUGCGGAGCCCAAGACGGCGUGGAAAUUGGAUUGCUUGCAGCUCAAGGAUAAGAAUCAGUGGAAACUUACAGUGGAUGAUCUAAAGAAGCUGAAGCCCAGCUUAGAAAAGGACUUCCUUCCUUUGUAUUAUGGAUGGUUUUUGAGUAAACGGAGCUCGGAGAACUUGCGGAAGACCGGGCAGGCAUUUUUGGAUGAGCUUGCCAAUUCCAAAGUCUUCAAAAAGGAGGCCAAUAAGCACUUUGGACAAGCCACUGAAGACCCCAAAGUGAAAAUUGACUUGACUGGCUACUUUGCAAAAAGGCCACCGAGUGUCUUGCACUGUACCACAAAAUUCACUGACUUUGGAAAGGCCCCAGGGGCAGAUGACUACGCACAACAGGAGAUUGUAAAGUCCUCUUAUGGAAAAUCCUUCUUCCUGACCACCACUGCUCUCUUCAUCACCCCAAGAACUGUUGGGGCCCGCGUGGAACUGAAUGAGCAGCAGUUGGCUCUAUGGCCGAGCGACGUGGAUGUGCUCCCGCCAGCGGUCAGCUUUCCCAAAGGCAGUCGGGCCCACAUCACCCUGGGCUGUGCCAGCGGGAUAGAAGCUGUCCAGACCGGCCUGGACCUCCUUGAAUUUGCCAAGCUGGAGAAGGCAGGGAACAAAGGCGAGGAGGUUGGGGAGAUUGGGGGUGGGAAACUUUUGUCAUACGGGAAUGGCCUGUGGAUGCUUGUGUUCUCCAAAAAGAUUGAAGUGAGGGCCAUCUUUUCCGGCUACUACGGAAAGGGGAAACUGGUGCCAACUCAAGGGGGGAGCAAGCGGGGGUCACCCCUUAAUGCCUGCGUCAUCAUCUAAAGGCAGCCUCCUCUGGUUCUACAGCCCUGUGUAACCUUUUGUAAGAACACACACACACACACACAUUAUCCUCCCAUUCAAUAAAUUCACGCACAGCCCCAUUUCACCAAGAUAUUUCUCCCCUGCUCCUUAUCAUUUGAGAAAGAAGCCAGACACGUUUUGAUGCAUAUAAACUAAGAUUAAUUGGGAUACUUAAGCACCUUUUUCUAGUGUAUAGAAACAGUGCAUGUCCUAAGGCCUUAAUAUUGCUGGUGCUCACUAAAUCCACACGACCCAUUGCCAUUAUAAUGUUGCACCUGGUAGAUUAAAUUACAGUUUCAGGAAUGGGGGGUAUGCACACAAAGGAGAAUUUCUUUCUCCCUUGUAGUCCUCUAAAAACAAAAAAGAAAGCCAGCAUAGCUAGGAAUAAAACAAGGCGAGGAUUUUGCUUCCCAUUCUUCCUGGUUUUUCUGUUUUCACAAACGAGGGAUUAUUCACAAAUGCCAUGUGCCAUCUCUAUCCUGAAAUGGUGCCAUCUUUUCUCUUGAUGCAGUGACUCUACCAACUCAUUCUGUUGCAAAGGAAAAGCUAGAGCAGUGUUGAGCAUGUACUUUUGGUCCAGGGGCCAGUUUUUACUUACAUUGGCCCACCUGGGGUCUCGGCCACAUUUGGGUAUAGGCCAAGACCUGGGGAGGACUGCAUCUCGUUUAAAAAGAGAACUUUUGGAACUAUCCAGGAGAAGCCAUUCAUUUCCAAGUUGAAUUUUUUUUGAGUGGGCGGGGAGAUUGCUUUAUAGAGCAAAGUUUCUGAAUCUUUGAUUCUACAUCUACUUUGUACUUCAAGUUUCAGAAGACUGCCAGCAGGUCCAAUGGUUUGGGAUUCUGGGAACUGAAGUCCAAAAUAUCUUAAAGAUCAAAGGUUGAGAACCACUGCAAGAGGGUGAUGGAAUUCCCUGCUUGAAAUACAAUUUUGGGGAAACAGAUGCUUUCCUUGCCCCACGUUAUAGCAAAAUGCAUCACAUGUCUAAGAAGCGGACUUAAGAUACUCCAGAUUGAGGUACUAGCUCACUCGCAUGUUUCUUUCACAGUACACAAUUAUUGGACUGUGAUUCCACUUUAAUUGCCAUGGCUGCACCCUGAGAUUUGUGUUUGAGUGAAGCACAGAAAUUCUCUGGCUGAUGCUCUAAGUACCCUUCCCUAAACUUCAAAUCUCAGGAUUCUGUUGGAUAGAACCAUGUCAGUUAAAGUGGAUGGAUGCAAAGCACCUCUCUUCUUCAUCAUUAAAAACCAGAUUUACCUCAUCUCUAAUAAUCCUGCUUUAGUGAUCUUCCACCCUCUCUUGCUGAAAUUGCCCUCUUUAGUUUUUUUAGUGGAUAAGACUAUGCAAGUCCUUGAUCAAAAACAAUUUACAUUAUCAAAGCAAGUCAUUGGCAGAGAGUGCUUGCAAAUGGGAGAUUUUGGGUUCCAUAGAUAGUGUUGGGAUUCUUGCUAGUGACAUAUGAGUGUCUGUGGCCUGUGUAUAUGUACUUUUUUUAUAGAGUGAAAGGUGUCGUUUUGUAGCCCUUUGUGCAGCAUCCGAAACAUACAUGGCAGCAGCUGCUUACCUUUUGGGAGUGGGGAGGCAAUUCAACUGAUGUAAUUCUACAGGGAAUGUAUAAGGCUGGAUCUAUACUGCCCCAUAUGCCAAGAUCUAAUCCCAGAUUAUUUUUAUCCCAGAUUAUCUGGCAGUGGAGAUUCAUAUAAUCCAGUUCAAAGCAGAUAAUUUGGGACCAGAUGCUGGGAUAUAGGGCAGAUCCUGAGAUGUAGAUCCAGUCUAAGAGGGUGCAUUCCCAUUUCCUUUCCCCCUCUAAGCCAAGACAAGUCAUUCCUCAGCAUGUGAAUUGCCUCAUUGCUCUUUCCCCAUUUUCAGUGAUAACCCAUGGUGGUGCAGUGGGUUAAACCCUUGUGCCAACUGAAUCGCUGACCUGAAGGCUGAGUUGCUGACCUGAAGGUUGCUGGUUCGAACCUGCGAGACGUUGCAGGGACACGAGUGAAGCCUCCCAGCAACACAUCCGGGCGUUCCUUGGGCAACGUCUCUGUAGACGGCCAAUUCUCACACCAGAAGCAACUAGCAGUAUGUUCUCAAGUUGCUUCCGACAUGAUUAAGAAAAAAAAUGAUAAGCAGCAGCUGCCCAUCUUGGAGUCUGAUCACAGGUGGAGAUGGGGAGAUGGUUGCGGUGCAAAGGGCUAGAACAUAGCUCCUUGUACCCCACCCAGAAAAAAAUAUGUGGGUUUUGGCCAUGAUGCUAUGCAGGUAUUAUCUAUCUGCUUAAUGUAGCACCUUGGUGUAUGCUUUGACACUGUUUCUUUCACUCGUUUAAAUUAGUAUUUUUAAUUUCAUCUGUUCCUUCCUACUAAAUAGGUGAAGGGAGAGGUUGGUGGUCUCCUCCCUUGUCUGUACUUAGUUCUUCAAAACAAAGCUAGCCAUUUGUUAGUGCCUGGCGACUUCCAGGAACGGCCUUAGUCUAGCCUACACCGACUUGGUGCCCUGAAGAUGUUUUGGAUGCCACUUUCCAGUAUCUCAGAACAAUGGGUACCACUUUCUGGAAAAGUUGAACUAGUGUAUCAAUGAUGCCUCAGGGACUGUUUAGCUGAAAGGAAGUGUCUCUCCCAUUGUAUGCCCAUAAUAGUGAGAGAGACAAGUGCAACAGUGUGUCACGAGUGAAAGUUUUUCUAUAUUUUAUGAGUGAUGGAAACUCUUCUAUUAUGUCAUGGGUAGGAGAUCCAGUGGCACCUUGCGGGGUGGUGGUAGAGAUAGUUUGUAAAAUAUAUCUGAAGCCUUUCAAACAGUAGACAAUGUUGCCCUCUGAACAUUAUGAUAGUCUGAUAGGGCUUUAUGUAAAGGGCUUUGUUUACAAGGCUGUAUUGAAGAGCACAGAAGUAAUUUAUAUGAAGUAUUAAAUACUCUAAUGGUGAUGGUGUACAAAAUAUGUUUGAUGCAAUCCUGUGCAUGUCUUCCUGGGAGUAAAUACCAUGGUGUUUUAGUAGUAUUAUUCCUGGGGAGCAUCAUGAAGGAUUGCAGUCUCUGAAGAAGUUUUGAAAACUGACAUUUCUCUGCCUUGACACAAGCACAGAAUUCAGAUUCAAGAAAAAGAUUUAAGAUUUUUUUUAGAAACUAGAAUUGUCUGAAAUCAGGGGUGUGUCCCUUAGAUAUUGCUGGACUGUAACUUCUAGCAAUCCUUUAAAUUGUCUAGGGCUGAUAGGACAUUCAGUUUAGGUGACAUCCCGCUCCUGUCUUCAAUACAUAAAGAACUGAAAUAGAAAGGAACCAUCUCUUAUGGGUUCUUCAGAUACUGAUUAACCAUGGAAAAUGAGUGUUUGUAUAUAUGCCUUUUGAUCUUCUAACAAUACAUUGGUAGUAGGCUUUCAGUCUAAAAAUAAAAGGCAAGCCACAUAUUUUAAAACCUCAAAGGGGUAAUGCCUGCCCCAGGUCUGAUAGCACUAUUAAUAUUUUGGAUAUGCAAUGGGUUGGCUGGUGGAUCCCAUUCCAGUGGGGCAGCAUUCAGGGUUUUAGUCCCAACUUAAAGGCACUAUCUAAAGCCCUGAUCCUGCUUUGGGGGUUAAGGAUCAGCCCCUUAGGUAUCUCCUUGUAAAGUUGGGACUAAAAUCCAGAAUGGAUUGAUCACCCAGUGACAUUGAAGCCACUAGCCACCUCCUGGAUGGAUGUUCAUUUGAAGUGACUAACUCCUAGCCACUUUGCUACAAAAACAGAUAGGGCUUUCAGGCCCAUCCAUUAUCAAAGUUUGUGUUGAUUAAGUAGGCAGCUGAAUACUUGUAUUUCAGCUACAGCAGCAUUUAUUUACUUAUAGUUUCUCAAAAUGCAUUCAGGAUCUGGAGUGCUUUUAAAAAAAUUUGUAAUAAAAUCUUGCAAUACACAUAGGACCUGAAGUCCUAUAGCUGAAUUGGUUAAUGUAUGGUAAUGCUUAGGAGGGUCCUUCCUCCACUCCUGUUACACCUUUUGUAUACUUUCACUGAAUAUGAGCCUCAUUGGAGGAAAAAGACCUUCGCACAAAACAAGGGGAACAUGACAUCUUCCUAAAAAAUAUCCUUUCAGUUCUAAGUACUUGGGGAACCCCUUUCAGUCAUGAUCCCCACUAAGUCAUGGCCCUCAAAUCAGCAAAAAACCCAGGAGAUGGAAAAUACCCAGCGAGAUGUAAUAGAAAAAGGGCAUGGCCAUGUAGAAAACUAUGGAGGGCCCCCAGAAAUGUUAGAUUUGGCCCGAGGGUCUUUAGUUCUCCACCCUUACCUUACAACCUUAUCUAGUUUUGUUCAUACGUGUGCAACAUUAGAAUGGAUGUUAACUGAACAGACUUAAAAUAGAAGGUAUGAACUCAGCCCAAAUGCAGACUUCACAUGAAGUCUAACAUUCUACCAAUCAGUAUUUAAAGCAAGAUAGGGCUGUUUUGUUUUAUCCAUCUAAACUCUUUGAAUAUCUAGCUAUGUAGGGAAGCUAGUUAUGUUAAUGUUGCUCAGGAGACAUCCAUCACAAUGUAACUUUUUUGUGCCUACUACUUGUACCAGAUACUGCAAAUGGUUCAUGCUGGUUGUCUAAUGGUAAAAUUCAUGUUAAUGUGCUUUUCUUGAAUACAAUUGGUCUCUUUUUACUUAUGUGGAAGUAGCAUAUCCCAGUGUUUGGACUAGUUUUUUAAAAUGCUUUAAUUCUGAUACAAAUCUUAGUAGCAGCUUAGACUUAAUAGCAACCGUAAAGUAUAUUGAAAUAAAUGUUAUUAAUAUAUAGAAAGGUGUUGAGUUAAACAAUGCUGUUCAUUAUUAAAACACUUUGCUCAAGCUAUCACUAGGUGAACUUUCAGAGUACACGCACAAAAAGAAUGGGAUUUAAAUCUGUUUAGUGAGAGGAGAUGAGACUGUCAUGGGCAUGUUAAGCUGGCAAUGUUUUAACACCAGAUGUUUUGACUUGGAAAUGAGCUGCAUGUGGCCUGUUCCCCCAAAGUCUUGCUGUCUGAUGGAGAGCCCCUUCUAGGUUUUAUUCGCACAAUUCAGAAAUAUCUGGAAAAAAAACAAUCCUAAGAAUUGGUGCUUGGCCUGAUCUGAUUUUGGCAUUAAGAAUAUUUUAAUCACCUUCUGUUUAUAUGUUGUCUUUCUGUAGUAAUCUAGACUCAAUGCCAGCACAUGUUGAAUGAUUUGGAGACCCAGGCAAGGUUUGUCCUGAAGGGCUAAGAGGUUCCUUUUGCCUCAACCUCACCUAAGAUAUGCCUUUAACAACUUAAUAUUCACCAUCAUAGCCUUCUUUUGAGUGGAUGGGAAGUCUAUAGCUAUUAUUCAAUCUAGCUCCAUGUCUCCACAUCCAGGUUCAGCCGUGUCUAUCAUCUGUUCAAACAGGCAAAAAGUCACCAGUGAGAUCUGGAGUGUUUUAUUUUUUUUGUACAUCAUAUACAGUUUAUAAUAAAGUUAAUAUCAAUUGCA